AUGAAGAACCUAGUUCUCGUUAUCCACUGCACCCUGCAGCCAGGAGAGGCAAUCAGAUACAAUUACACUGAUGACACAGAUUUCUACAUUAUAUACAACUUUGACCUUCUUCUGAGGUACAUCCGCAAGCUACUUGGUGACUACAAGAAUACCAUCGUUGUGCUUAUCUACAAGCAAUUGCCUGCUCUACUCGAGGCUUCAAAGCUCUUGUAUGAGUGUAGUGAAGCAGAAAGGGCCAAGCAAAGGCUUGAAGACUACAAAAUGCAUUAUAAGCGGCAUUUGGCCCAGGCCACUGCAAACAGGACCAAUGGAGUCGUGAAUACAGACUUUGAAGUCAGACUACCCCAGGGUCAGGCCGAUAGAAUUUUUGGAUUUGAAACAAUCUAUGUUUUCGAUGCUACGGAAGUGCAAGAUCACCUUCUGGAGGCGAAUACGGGUGUCCAGCAGCUCCUACGAUACCUUGCCUUGAAGCAUGGCGCUUACUACGGAGCGCUUUCGGGAAAAUUGGAAGAGUUUGAAGAUCCAAGCACAUGUCAACUUUUGGUUCUGUCGCUUAAAGGAGGGCUUAAGGAGGGAGAGCAGCAUAUCUUCUCGCCCAAUGGUGAGCAGGUAUCGGACAACAUUGACUUGCAUCAACAACUCGCUCUUGGCUGGGACCUGUGGACCAAAGUCCAGAUGAUCGCCAGGCUGAUUGCUAAAAGAGAGGGUUGGGAUUUAAUUGACGAGGAGGUGAAGAUGGAUGAGUUUGAGGAUCUCUACGAGGCUUAUAUCGAGGGCAAUCCCGAUGAGUUUGUGAGUAAAGCCAAGAAGCUUGUGGGUUUUGAGGAGGAGCCGCCAAAACCUGAGAGACCUCCGCCAUUGACCUACGAUGAUGCAAUCAAGCAGUUGGAGGCUGUUCUCAAGAAGUGA